GAUUUUGAGAUCAGGAGUGAGAAUGAAGCAAACCAGAAAGAAGAGCUUAGUGAGGACGUAGAAUUUGUGACCAUGUCUGAAGAGCCUAUUGGGGAUGCUGAGAAGAAUCCUGAAAGCGAAGAGGCCUUUGAAAGUGGGGACAGGUCCGAAAGACAGUGGGGAGACCUGACAGCAGAAGAGUGGGUCAGCUACCCCCUCCAGCAGGUCACCGACCUGCUUGUCCACAGAGAAGGCCACGCAGACACCGGCUAUCACAUAUGUUCGCAGUGUGGAAAGGCCUUCGGUCAGAUUUCAGACCUCAAUCGGCACCAGAAAACCCACACGGGAGACAGACCCUAUAAGUGUUACGAAUGUGGCAAGGGCUUCAGCCGCAGCUCCCACCUGAUCCAGCAUCAGAGGACACACACUGGCGAGCGGCCCUACGACUGCAACGAGUGCGGGAAAAGCUUCGGGAGGAGCUCUCACCUCAUUCAGCACCAGACAAUCCACACCGGGGAGAAGCCUCACAAAUGUAACGAGUGCGGGAAAAGCUUCUGCCGGCUCUCUCACCUCAUCCAGCAUCAGCGGACCCACAGCGGGGAGAAGCCGUACGAGUGCGAGGAGUGCGGGAAGAGCUUCAGCCGGAGCUCCCACCUGGCGCAGCACCAGCGGACUCACACGGGUGAGAAGCCGUACGAGUGCAAUGAGUGCGGGCGCGGCUUCAGCGAGAGGUCCGACCUCAUCAAACACUACCGCGUCCACACGGGAGAGAGGCCCUACAAGUGCGAGGAGUGCGGGAAGCACUUCAGUCAGAACUCUGACCUGGUGCGGCACCGCAGGGCCCACACCGGGGAGAAACCGUACCACUGUAACGAAUGUGGGGAAAACUUCAGCCGCAUCUCACACUUGGUUCAGCACCAGAGGACUCACACGGGAGAGAAGCCGUAUGAGUGCACCGCCUGUGGGAAAAGCUUCAGCCGGAGCUCCCAUCUUAUCACACACCAGAAGAUUCACACCGGCGAGAAGCCCUACGAGUGUAACGAGUGUUGGCGAAGCUUUGGGGAGAGGUCAGAUCUGAUUAAGCACCAGAGAACCCACACGGGGGAAAAGCCCUAUGAGUGUGUGCAGUGCGGAAAGGGGUUUACGCAAAGCUCCAACCUCAUCACACAUCAGAGAGUUCACACGGGAGAGAAGCCUUACGAAUGUACCGAGUGUGAUAAGAGCUUCAGCCGGAGCUCAGCUCUUAUUAAACACAAGAGAGUCCAUACGGACUAAGUCCAGUGAUCCCGUGUAAGAAACGAUUCAUUUGAAGGUACAGUCGUAUCUGAUGACAGUGAGCCUUCUUAAGACCGACUUUCCUUGUUGUGGGCCACAGUGAAGACACAGAAGAAGACAACCCUUUUGAAAUCCCCACCCACAGCUUUGGGGAUGUUAUCCCCCCCAUAGUUAUUUUUAUUCACUGAUUAUUAUAUUAAUUGUUUCAUCAAAAUCAGCCCCCAUCCCAAGUAACUUGAAAGCUCAAGACUAGAGGAUGAGAUGCUGGCGGAUGCUUAGGCCUGGAGAUGGAGUAGAUCUUUAAAGAGUGUUUCUCUUUUGGAUCUCUGGUCCCAAAAGACUGCAGUGGGAAUGCAGCACUGAAACAGGGUGGCCGCGGCUGCAUUGGCAGAGGGCAGGCAGACUUGUCCUGAGUUGUCAUUGUCCACACACUGCACUUCCAAAGCGCUUUCUCCUUGAGGAGCUCGUAUCUGUGUCUUGCCAUCUUCUCGACACAGGAUCCUGCACACUGAAGGCAGCCAUCUCAUCAUUUCUCCUUUUUCUCGCUUGUUUGAAAGCUGCCGGAAGAUACAGUGUGAAAGGGAAAAGGAGGUGCAGGGUUAAUUAAGGACCAAGGGCCCAUGGAUGGUGGUGACCUUGGCAAGAGAUAGAUAGAUACCCAUUGAUGCUGUCAUUAAUCAGGUUUAUGUAUUUUUUCAAAAAUCACUUUAGGGAUCAUAGUGUGGAAACUGCCUUUAGGAAAAGAUAGGACUGUAAGUUAUGAUGGAAUGAAAGUAGGAAGCGAACUGACCCCUUCAGGGAAGGGGGCACAGAACCCUUCCCAGGGAGUGUCAGUCAUUUCUGGGUUCUUUGCCAUCUAUCUUUAAGAUCACUUGCCCCUGUACUGCUAACUCUAGGGUUUGAUAGGGCCACACCCCAGUCUUUAUCUUAGCUUGCAUAAAGGCAUGUGUAUGUACAGUGAAAUGUGUAUUCUAAUAGUAGAAACCGAAUUCAUAAGCAUUAGCAUGUUCUUAUGGGGUGUAGAUCCUAAGAUAGAACUGUAGACAUAACUCUGUUGUGAGAAAUGUCCUUUAUUUUUCUUUUGUUAUGGGAAAAAAAUUUUACACUAGUGCUCAAGCCUGCACUGUCCUGUAAGGUUUUGUCUUGGACAGAACCAAACUCUUGUUUGUAUGUUUCCAUCAGUUGUGAGAUAAUGACUGGACAGUUAGGUCCAUUGUCCUUUCUCAGACUGAGUUAUCUUCUCCUGUGAUGAAAACCUCUUUGGCCUCAUCAGAAGAAAUGAAUAAACCUAAAAGAGGAAUGUGUUUCCAGCCUCCAGAUACAAAUAGUUAAAACGAGAGUUGACCCAGUGUACCUCAGUUCUCCUUCUCUCAGCCCAUUGAGAUAGCCCGGAUAUUGGUGCUUAUCCAGUCCCGUGGGGAUGGAAGGGAACCGGUGCCCAGUGUGUUUCUAUGGUGCUUAGUGCAAAGUUGCAAACGUUAACUUUUUUUUUAAGAGAACUUUUUUUUCCAGGGGGUAUGGGGGAACAAGUAAGGGUGGCACAUGCCUUUAAUCCCAGUACUCAGGAGGCAGAGGCUGGCAGAGCUCUGUGAGUUCAAGGCCAGCCUGGUCUACAGAGGGAGUUCCAGGACAACCAGGGCUACAUAAAGAGCUUGUUGUCUUGAAAAACAACAAAAAAGAAGAAAACCCUUUUUGUUGAAAUUCUUUGGGUUUUGGCAUUUCAGGAGUAUCGCUUUUACCACAGAGUCACUGUAAGCACAGCUGGGUGAUACCAGUCACUCACCAGUGACAACCUCAAAAGCAACCCAGUGAAAAACCACUCCUAGGGCCUUGAAGUGGUCACUCCAUUUGAGUACGAACUUGGAGCAGAGCACAUGGUUUCUAUCUGUACAAAAUGUAGCUUACCAUGAAUAUUCAUAUUUUAACUGUUAGGUGACUUACAUAUUCUUGGUAACUAAACUCAAAUAUGUUGUCUAUAUCAGUGUAGCCAAUGACUUGGGUGGAUUUCAGCAUUCUCCUGUUGCUUCUUUAAGUCACUGUAAGUGACUGCUUGGGAGUAGCUUGUAGAAGACAGCACCUCCGACCCAUCUUCAUUUCACCCCCUUCCCCUCCCCUAUGCUUACCCUGCCCCCUUCCCCCCUGCACCCCCUCCAGCCUUCCUUUAAAGGUUAUGCUAGUGUCCCAUUUGAUGCUUUUGUCUUCUAGGAGAUAAAGCCUGGGAAAGGUUUCCGAUUGCCUUCCAAUCUCUCCACACAUGUACACUCCAGCUGGGUGGCCAUGCCAGCUCUGCCCCCUCUCCUACGAUCAACUGCUGUCCACUUCCUGUGCUGAACUGUGUGGAGGCGUGGCCUGCCACACUUCACUAAAGCUAUUUGCAUGCCUUCUAUUUGCAGGUCCCUGGCUCUUUCUGCACAUGCCCAGACACUCUGUGCCUGUGUUUACGGUCAUGGAGAGUGGAGGAACAAGUAAAUGUGUAGAGCAGAUUCCCUUGGUAUUGGUCAAUUACUCUAUUGUCUUGUCUAUAGCUGUAUUAUCCUAACAACAUUCUAUAAUUAAAGGUAUAAUUUUUAAAAUCAAAA